AUGGCUCGCCACAGCAGGGUGAAAGUACGCACGAACAACCAGAAGGUUGUGACGAAAUCUUCACACACAGCCCACAGGCAUCCCCAGCUCUCUAUGCAGCAAGAAGCACGAAACACCGAGGGGCGCAAUAUAUGGCGGACGGGUACUAAUUUUCGCCAUCAGGCGGUGCAGUUUGUGAGUGCAGGUCUACAAGAAAAUGACGAGAGAAACAAGGAAAGUUUGGACAUGCAGCACAAGGGAAUAGCAAUGACCUCACCUAAACUGCCCCCAGAACAAUCAGACAGAGAGUCCAUGCGAUAUCCACACCCUACUAUUAUUGCACCGAAUGAGGAGAUUGCCACGGAUACUGAGCAUAUAGACCAUAUCGCCACCGGAGGGGAUAACACCAGCGAGGAUGAGAUAGUGUUCACUGGACGGCACCUUAAAACAAAAACAAAGCAGCACAACGCUAGGAGCCCUGCUCGUCGAAAAGAGCAUGAAAACCCCGACUAUCGCAGAGGACACGAACCUAGCCCGCAGAUUAACGGCUCAACGCAGCCUUGGCUACCGCAUCACAGCCACAAAAUAUCGACACAAUCAUGUCACACAAUAGAAAACGCGUCGGGCGACCCACUGCAUGCCGCAAAAUCUACAUUGCCGGAGAGAACCGAGCGAAUACAACCACGUGCGAUUGUUGAGACUGUUGAUUUUAUACCCUUCAAGUCCAGACGUCCAUCAAUUAGGGAGCAAUAUUCGAGACUUCUCGAAGAUGAAGAAAAUGAUAUAUUGGCCGACUACAUAGCGAACAUUGACGAUGACUACGGAGACUACUAUCAGUGGACUGAUUUAUCUCGCAGUACAAGCACGGAGUCCGGCAAUGGUCAAAUAGACAGAUCGGCGAAAACACCUGUCUCUGCAAAACCGGCCAAUGCCAACUGCUCCGGUCCACCAAACAAUGGGGAGGGAAUAAUCCUAUGCGAACGCGGUCAAAUGUUGGCUGAAUGUGAAGAUGAGAGUGACCCUGAUCUGGCUUCCGGAGGGUUUACUGCUAAAUCGAAUGGAUUUGCGGUCCUUUGCACAAGUUCGACGGACAAACAUAGCUCCACCAGCUCUUCCGAAUGCAGUGAUACCGAAACGAAGGGAAUCGGCAAGCACUCGGAGAUCGAAACAGAGAGUAGUUGUCUGUCUCGACCGCACCGUAACCGCAGCAAAGCAGAGGGAAAUCAUUUUGCUUCGGCAACGGGUUUUGCUGAUGCGUUGGAAUCGGACCCAUUUUAUGGAUUCGAUAUAAUGGACUUCAACAGACCCAGCCUGCGGAACAAAACAAAAGGGAAGCAGCGUGCUUUUGAUCUGUCAUUGUCCGAUAGCGAGUUGGAACUGCAAUUGGAACGGGCGUGGCGGAAUGACAGAGAGAAGAAGAAAACAAGGAAACAGAAGAGAGAAGAGCUUCGUGCUGGAGGCCUGCUCGGUCGGAAUGCAAAUGCGCCUGAUCUCAGAGCGAAGUAUUCGAGUGGCUUCGAUGUCGAUGAUCUGAGAUCGGAGAUGCGUAGUUUCUUGCUAUCUUCGAAAGAAAGCUUGUCUCUUCCGCCCAUGUCUAAACAUUACAGGAAGGUUGUGCAUGACAUGGCGGGCGCACUGUCACUCAAAUCACAGUCCCGCGGCAAAGGCUCGUCCAGGUUUCCCAUGCUGUACAAGACUUCCCGCACCCCAAAGCAUACACAGAAAACGAUCGCACAGGUGGAAAAAAUAUUAUCGAAACCUCAAUUCUCUCACCGUGGCCCCAAGGCACGGCCCCGGAACAACCAGAAACUGGCGAAGGUUUCUCGUGGUCGCCCUACAUCAUCUGUCAGCUAUAUGGAAGGUGACGUCGUUGGAGCAUCAGCACCGGAAAUUGGAGCGGAAAAUAAGGGAAGAGCUAUGCUUGAAAGGAUGGGAUGGAGUUUGGGGACUCCGCUCGGUGCCAUAAACAACAAAGGCAUUCUGUUACCUGUUGCGCACGUCGUGAAGAAUUCCAAGGCUGGCCUAGGGUAG